GUUUGGAAGGUUUACAGUAGCUGCUCUUCAGUCCAAAGUAGAACAACAUGAACGUGAAACCAAUCGCCUCAAGAAAGCCCUGGAACGAAGUGAUAAGUAUAUAGAGGAACUAGAAUCUCAAAUUGCACAGCUAAAAAAUUCAAGUGAAGAGAAGGAAGCUAUGAAUUCCAUUUGCCAGAGAGCACUUUCUACAGAUGGCAAGGGGAGCAUAGGUAACGAGGAGGAUAUGGCAUCAAAGAAUCAAGGUGAUGGUGCCAGAAAGCAGCUUGGCUCAUCCACCUCUAGUUCUCACCUGCCAAAACCUUCUAGCAGUUCUGCCAGGCAGGAAAGCACCAGCAAAACAGAACCAAAUUGUUCUAAGAAUAAAGACCUAUAUCAGAAACAGGUGGAAAUAAUGUUAGAUGUGACAGAUACAAGUAUGGAUACUUACUUGGAAAGAGAAUGGGGUAAUAAGCCAAGUGAUUGUAUACCCUACAAAGAUGAAGAACUUUAUGAUCUUCCAGCUCCUUGUACUCCUUUGUCCCUUAGUUGCCUUCAGCUCAGUACUCCAGAAAAUAGAGAGAGCUCUGUAGUCAAAGCGGUAGGUUCCAAAAAGCACUCAAACCAUCUCAGAAAAUUGGUGUUUGAUGAUUUUUGUGAUUCUCCAAAUGUUUGUAAUAAAGAUUCAUCAGAAGAUGAUAGAAGUGAAAAUGAAAAGAAAUCAGAGUGUUUUACUUCCUCAGAGACAGGGUUUUGGGACUGUUGUUCCACAAGCUAUGCCCAAAACUUGGAUUUUGAAAGCUCAGAGGGGAACACAAUAGCAAAUUCUGUUGGAGAAAUUUCUUUAAAAUUAAGUGAGAAAUCAGGCUCAUGCUUAUCUAAGAGGUUAAAUUCUAUUCGCUCUUUUGAAAUGAAUCGGACAAGAACAUCCAGUGAAGCAUCCAUGGACGCAGCUUACCUUGACAAAAUCUCUGAGUUGGAUUCAAUGAUGUCGGAAUCAGACAACAGCAAGAGCCCUUGUAAUAAUGGUUUUAAGUCAGUGGAUUUAGAUGGGUUAUCAAAGUCAUCUCAAGGCAGUGAAUUUCUUGAGGAACCAGAUAAGUUGGAAGAAAGAACUAAGCCAAACCUUUCCAAAGGUUCUCUAACUACUGAUCAGUUAGAAAAUGGAAAUGACUGGAAACCCACUUCUUUUUUUCUCCUCUCUCCAUCUGACCAAGAAAUGAAUGAAGAUUUUUCUCUCCAUACCAGUUCUAACCCAGGAACUAAUGAAAUCAAACCCCCAAGCUGUUUGUUUCAGACUGAGUUUUCCCAGGGUGUUUUGUUAAGCAGUUCACACCGGCUAUUUGAAGAUCAGAGGUUUGGGUCAUCUUUAUUUAAAAUGACCUCAGAGAUGCAUGGUCUUCAUAACCACCUUCAGUCUCCUUGGUCUACUUCCUUUGUGCCUGAGAAGAGGAAUAAAAAUAUGAAUCAGUCAACAAAAAGAAAAAUCCAGAGCAGUCUUUCCAAUGCCAGCCCAUCAAAAGCAACUAAAAGUUGACUCAUUAGAAAGGUGUCAUUUAUGUUUUUGUCCUGAGAGGAAUAUAAGUUUUUAAAGUUACUUUUUUCCCUCAUAAAAGUUCUAUAUGAUUUUGAAUUGAUAGUCUGUAGUCAAGUGUCAAGUCAGAAUGGUGGAUUAGCCUGUAACCAAAAUACUUUUGUUCAUUUUAAAGAAUUUGUCCUUUUUCAGUUUCAUUUGGGCAUCUUUUUAAACAUAAAAGAUAGGGAGAGGGUUUCUUUUAAUGAAUAUUAUAUGUAUCUGGUUUGGGUGUAUUUUGUUUUCCUGGGUCUUGAUUUAGGUAUUAGAUACAGUGGCCUAUUAAUGAGCCUCGGUUGUCUUCAGAACUUGGAUUUCUUAAAUAAAACUUUUUGGGUUGUCUACACACUGCUCAUAAGACACUUGAGUUUCUUUAAAGCUUUCCUAGGGUGGGAAUAAUUUUGCCUGCCCUUUUUUAUUUAUAUUUAGUGAUGGCUCAACUUUUAGGCAGGGCCAUGGUUGAGAAAUAGCACUCUAUAUUAGUCCAGUAUUCAUUUACUUUUUUUUUUUUUAGGUUUUGUAUAUGUAUGUUUGCAUUUUUAACAUUGUGUUUUGUACAGUUUUUGUGAGAACGUUUUGCUAGAAUGAAAGAACACAUUUUCUAUAUGAAAAUAUUUGUUUUAUGUCAGGUAGCUUUCAUUUCCUCAUCUUUCUGUGUGUGUUGAAAAUCAGAAAUUGAGCCUACUUUGGAAAGAAGGCAUAAAAUGGUUGGUUGGGUUUGGAGGAGCCUAAACAUGGUAGCAUCAUUGUUCCAGAUACACAGGUGCAGAAGCGCUCUUUGCCAAAUGCUUGAUCCACUUUCAUUCCAGGGGAGCUUUUUUUGGAGUGAAGUUCUUGUUUGCAUGUUACUAUUCUUUGUGGAAACUCUGUAUGCAUGGUAGCAUUCUUGCUUGCACUGUUUUCCUUACUUAAGAAAAAGAAGUUUUAGUUGGCUAAUAGAAUAUCUUUUAUGUAGGACAGAAUUUUUUUUCAUGAAGAGUGUUGAGAUGAGAAUAGGUGAGCUAAGCACAAUUUUUAAUUUAGGCUCUGAAAAAGUAUAUCCUAAACAUGUUUGGUAUGCCUAUAUAGGCCUUUAAAAAUGGUUUGUAUGCUAAUGACUUGUUUAUCUAAUGUGCACUGAACAUUUUACAUUAAUACUGUACUGUUUUACAUCAAUACUGCAUGCUUUUCUAUGUGAAUUGAAUAAAGGAUGUCAUAAGCACUGUAA